GUUUGAACUAUUGUGCCAGAGACUAGAAAGAGGUAUUUUCCUUUUUUAUAUACAUCAGCAUGUUUUUUUGUUAAAAUCUCUUAUUGCAAAUACAAUUAUUCUUUAGGUUUCUUUAGCGAUGAUUGUGUUGGCUGUUUUUUCAGCAUAUAUGGUAUAAAUUGUUUAAAGAAGUGUUAGAAAUGUAUAGAUUAAUUCAAAUUGGCGAUCAUAUGUUUAAAUGGGGAAAUGUUUUUUUAUUUAGAGGAGGUGUUAGGUUGCUGCUUCAGGAAGCAAUUCAAACCAUAUUGAAGUAAACAAACACCAUUAAUUUGAUCUUUGUAAUUAUACUAUUGCAGAUUUGAUUAACAGAUCAAGUACCAGGCAAAGUUUUUCAUGUCAAAAGAAUGAAAAUAGCCUACGUCAUCUUUUGCCACUAACAUAUCAAUUAUUUUAUGCAAAGGAAAGGAACUUGUGUAUUUUGAAUACCAAAUAUGUCUGCAGAAAAUACACAAAUUUGGGCUUAAAGGGGUCUGACCAAGCGCCACUGUUUUUUUAAUGUCACAGCUCAGAAGGACUGAAGGCAUCUAGAUGUUGUAUUGGGAGUCGUUUUUUUAUAUAUUGUAAAAUUCAAAUGGAAAACAUGUUAUUGGAUCAGAUUUGGGCAUAUCAGCCCAACUUCAGACAAAACUCUAAAUGAAUUUCAUCAUGUUUUCCCAGCAGCACUGUUCGUUGGAGUAAAUUACAAAGAAAGCGAACACUUAAGAGAUAUAAGGAGUUUAAUGUUAUAUAUUCUUUAGGAAAUUUCUAUUUAGUGAAAUGCAGAAAAGAGAAGUUCAAACAGUGGAAUUGAAAGUUGUGAUGUGUUGAUACAAACAAUGGUCAGUUUUGUGGCAGAUAAAAUGUAACAUUGAAAAUGUACUGUUUUGAAACUGAAUUAUUUUGAGUGAAUAAAGUGUGGAUUCUGAAGUUUGAAGUUGUUGGUGAAUUUCUACAUUUGUUAUAUGAAACUUGUUGAUCUUAAGACUCAAAUCUUUCCAGCAUCUUAUGCAAAACCACAUGGGGAGAGGAGAGAACGAUUUUUGAAUGUCAAAUGUUCUUUUACUGAAUGAACAGAGAAUGCACGGCUCACUCUGUUCAAAUAGAAGAAGAGCGCUGAUCAAAAUAUAAGGUCAGCACACAGCAGUGGCUUACCAUCUGAAACCAACUUCACGAGUCACUCAACGAGGAGCUGCGUAGGCAGAAUACGCAGUCAUGUUGACUGUUCUGUUGACCAUUUUAAUGUUUAGUCAAGGGCUUUCAAUGGACAGUCGUGGGACUAGUUUCAUCACUGCAUUCCCUGAGAAUAUUGCUGUUUAUUAUAAAAAGACCAUAAACCUACUGAAAAUCACCACCCUCCACCCAAACACUAUAGUCAAUGUCACCUAUCUGGCCAAAGGCACCGUCAACACCACUGAAUGCAUCAUAAACGGGACCAUUCUGACAGUGUAUUUGACAAAGAACGUUGAAGAAAACCGGUUUGUUUCUUCCAAUAAGUCUUUUCGAAUCACCAGUGAUAAAAACGUCACAGUUCUUUCUGUGAGUGGAUGGCAGGGGAGAUUCCAGUCUCGUGUUGUCCAGCCUGAACAACAUCUCGGAACGGUAUAUCAGGUCCCUGCUCUGAAUUACACCAAGGUAGCCGCAUCCUUUAGCCUUUUAAUGACAUCGGCGGACAGAUUUCUUCCUUUUAGGCUGAUGAUUAUCAAUGCAGUAGACAGAAACAACAGUGUCACCAUCAAACAGGUUGACGAAAGAGGUCAGAGCCAGGCAGAUAGAAUAACACUCGGUCCUUACGAGCUUUUCCAGAUUGAGAUUAAUGGGACAGUGAGAGAAAUAAAUGCAGUGGACAAAGUGGCUGUGCUCCUGACCCAUCCGUGUUUUGACGCAAUAAACUGCUCAUGCAACAUGGUGGUGAACCAGCUCAAACCCCCAGUGUUUGACAAGAUUCCAGCCACAUUCCUCGUGCCCUCUAUCUUCAGUGCCAAACAGCUACUUCUGACAACAAAUCAAUCCUGCAAAGUCUGUCAGGGUCUUUCUAGUAAUUGUAUUUUGGUGCAAAAUUCUACAGACAUCUUGCCGUUCUCCUGGAAUUUUAUUUCUACCACUGUGCAUGUUUCCCUCCAAUUAAUCAGUCCUGGACUCAUUCUAGACCUCAUUCCGACAAGCAUGUUCUCUGGCUGCUAUCUGUUAGGUUUUAAUUCUUCACGCAGUGGGGCUUUGGUGAUUACUAAUACAUCCAGCACUAAUGGUGUGCGAAUAAAUGAUCAGCCUUUGCCUUCAAGCAUCAAAUGGAGCAUUAUGGAAGGCACAGAGUACUCUUGGGCUCUGGUGGAGACACAAGAGAUAGGCACUAUCUGGCAUCCUACCUCAAAGAUCGGUGUAUAUAUGAUAGAACGCUUGGAGUCCAACAUUAUUUAUGGGAGCCCAGCAAUAGCUAUAAAUACGGACCCAGAUGGUAAUGGUUGUCUGGUGACUCCGGAGACGUUUGUACUUGGUAAAGAUGAAAUGAGCUGGUUCAUGUCCCGUAAGUACUGCUUGGAAAACGCUGAUCAGCUUGCCAGGAUCGUCGCUAACAGCUCGGUGAAUAGAAUGGUUUUGAACACGACAGUCCAAGAAUCCAAAGAGGGCUGGAUCGGUCUGCGGCGCAACCUGUACACAACAGAGUGGUACUGGAAAAACGAGGACAAUUUUCCAUCCACUGUGGAAUUCACUUACUGGGAGAGAGGACAUCCUGAAAAACCUGAGAAAGGCUUGUGUGCCUCAAUUUCCUUGGACCCCAGCAAGAAAUUCAAGUGGAAGAGCGCAGGCUGCUGUACUAAAAAGAAACCUGUGUGCUAUCUAUCCAUAAAAUAUCUCACUUACAGUGAUACUGUAAACAACUUAUGCCUCAAUUACAAUACUUAUGUAAACUCCUUUCAGGACUGUAUGUUUAGGGGUCAAUAG